UGUCACGAGAGUGUACACGAGAGCCACCGCCAUUUUGGGAGAAAAAGACAAAACAGAAGUUGUCAGUGUCAAGUAUACUGCUGUUAACUCGCACACUUGGGCCAUUUUGUGGCCUAAAGCGUAAUGCAUGCCUCUCUCAAAUGCUAAUAAACCAGAUCUGCAAGAACAGCAGAAGUUUGACGAGGAAGUAAACUACAGGAAACGAAAAUCCAGGGAAAAUCUUUCUCCUCCAAAUCACAAAAGGGUUCGUCAAAACUCGGAUGAAGCACCGAUGACAGAAUCUCAAAAGCGAGCUAAUUUCUCAGCCUUAUCAAGUCCUAGCAAUGGGUUAAACAGACAUGCGUCGCCAUUGGCAAACAGCAAGCCAGGGACAGCAAAGAAACUUGUGAUAAAGAAUUUCAAAGAAAAACCAAAGUUGCCAGAAAACUUUCAGCAGCAAACAUGGGAGAAACUACGGGAUUCUGUGGAGGCCAUCCACACAAGUCAUUCUAUCCAGUCCAGCCUGGAGGAGUUGUACCAGGCUGUGGAGAACAUGUGCUCCCACAAAAUGUCUGCCAAUCUGUAUGAACAGCUCAAGCAAGUGUGUGAAAACCAUGUCAAAGCCAAUAUCAAGCAGUUCCUAGAAGAGAACAUUGGGUAUGAACAGUUUCUAAAGAUGAUGGACAAAUGCUGGAAGGAUCACUGCAGGCAAAUGAUAAUGAUUCGAAGCAUUUUCUUGUACCUGGACCGCACAUAUGUCUUACAAACAUCUUCAAUCUUGUCCAUCUGGGACAUGGGGCUGGAUUUAUUUCGCUCUCAGAUUGUGGGCCACCAUAUUGUACAGACACGGACCGUGGACGGACUGCUACAGUUGAUACAGAGAGAACGGAAUGGCGAGGCUGUGGACAGACAGUUGAUGAAAAGUUUGUUACGGAUGUUGUCAGAUCUUCAGAUUUAUCAAGAUGCCUUUGAGAAGAAGUUUAUUGAGGCUACAGACAGACUUUACGCUGCUGAAGGGCAGCGACUGAUGCAAGAAAGAGAUGUUCCAGAAUACUUGGCAUAUGUUGACAAACGACUAAAUGAGGAAUCAGAAAGAUUACUACACUACCUGGAUCAAGCAACAAAAAAACCCCUUGUCUGCUGUGUAGAGAAGCAAUUAUUGGAGCAGCAUUUAGCACAGAUUCUUCAGAAAGGUUUGGACCAGCUGUUGUCAGAGAACAGAAUCAUGGAGCUUACACUCAUGUACCAGCUGUUCAAUCGAGUGAGAGACGGACUCAAGGAUUUGUGUACUGCAUUCGCCGUGUAUAUAAAGUCAACUGGUCGUCUGAUUGUGAUAAAUAGUGACAAUGAUCCAGAAAAAGACAAGGAUAUGGUUCAGAGUCUACUAGAUUUCAAAGACAAAACUGAUAACAUCAUCAGUGUCUGUUUCAACAAAAAUGAAAAAUUUGUCAAUGCAAUGAAGGAAAGUUUUGAAAACUUUGUCAAUGUUCGACAGAACAAGCCAGCUGAACUUAUUGCCAAAUAUGUGGAUUCCAAGUUACGAGCUGGAAACAAGGAGGCUACAGAAGAGGAACUAGAAAGGCUUCUCGACAAGAUUAUGGUGCUCUUCAGGUUUAUACAUGGUAAAGAUGUGUUUGAGGCUUUCUACAAGAAGGACCUGGCAAAGAGGCUUCUGGUGGGAAAGAGUGCCUCAGUGGACGCAGAGAAAUCUAUGUUGUCUAAACUCAAGCAAGAAUGUGGUGCUGCCUUCACGAGUAAGUUAGAGGGAAUGUUCAAAGAUAUGGAGCUGUCAAAGGAUUUCAUGCUGACAUUCAAGCAGUAUAUGCAGCACAUUGAUUCUCCGGGAGGUAUAGAACUGACUGUGAACAUCCUGACAAUGGGAUAUUGGCCGACCUACACUCCCAUGGAAAUACACCUACCAGUAGAGAUGAUCAAGUUUCAGGAAAUUUUCAAGAAAUUUUACCUGGGCAAACACAGUGGAAGGAAACUGCAGUGGCAGCCAACACUUGGCCACUGUGUGUUGAAGGCUUCCUUUGAAGGGGGUAAGAAGGAACUCCAAGUGUCCCUGUUCCAGACCCUCUGUCUCCUCCUCUUUAAUGACGGAGUUAAGUUCUCUCUGGAGGCCAUCAGACAGGCUACUGCUAUUGAGGACGGUGAACUUAGGAGGACGCUUCAGUCACUUGCCUGUGGUAAAGCCAGAGUGUUACAGAAGCACCCUAAGAGUAAAGAAAUAGAAGAUGAUGAUAUAUUUGUUUAUAAUGAGGGCUUCAAGCACAAACUUUGUAAAAUCAAAAUCAACCAAAUACAAAUGAAAGAAACGCAAGAAGAAAACACGAGUACAACGGAACGAGUGUUCCAGGACAGACAGUACCAAGUGGAUGCUGCCAUCGUCCGCAUCAUGAAGACACGAAAAACUCUCACACAUAAUCUUCUUAUAUCAGAGCUGUAUAAUCAGCUCAAAUUCCCAGUCAAGCCUGCAGAUCUGAAGAAAAGGAUCGAAAGUUUGAUUGACAGAGACUACAUGGAACGUGAUAAAGAUAAUCCAAAUCAGUAUCAUUAUGUUGCUUGAUUCUUAUGGACAAAAUUAGAUGGUGAUAAAACAUUUAUUUGACAGAAGUUUUCUUCUGUGCUAAAAACACUUUGAUGACAAUGAUUAUUUCUGUCGGACAAUGAGACAGAUUGAAUCUGCCCUAUAAACAAUAUUGUCACAGUAAUCUUUCUUGUCAGACAAACGUUCCAGUGAUUCUGUGCGAUCUGCAUCAUUUCAGUGCUAAGAUUAUUAAGGUGUGGAUUUCUUGCAUAUUAGUGAAACAAAACACUGGAAAGUUGCAGAUAUUCAUCGUUUUGUGAUGUGUGACAGAACUUCAGAUCACAGCUGGCAACCAGCACUCUGGGACCUCAGCAGGGGUAUAAAAUAAUUUUCUUGAUGUGUGGAUAAAAAGUCUGAACCAGUUCAGGCAACACUGAACCAGUCAAUACACUGAACCAGUCAUACAAGUACACUGAACCAGUUAUCACUGAACCAGUCAAUACACUGAACCUGUCAAUGCACUGAACCAGUCAAUACACUGAACCAGUUAUCACUGAACCAGUCAAUACACUGAACCAGUUAUCACUGAACCAGUCAAUGCACUGAACCAGUCAAUACACUGAACCAGUCAAUACACUGAACCUGUUAUCACUGAACCAGUCAAUACACUGAACCAGUUAUCACUGAACCAGUCAAUACACUGAACCAGUUAUCACUGAACCAGUCAAUACACUGAACCAGUCAACACACUGAACCAGUCAACACACUGAACCAGUCAAUACACUGAACCAUUUCUCUUCCUUUUUUUUUACCAAAUUAUGCCAUAAGUUAGUAAAUACUGAUAAUUGGGUCUUGCUUGCAGCAACAAUUCUGUGUGAGACCAUGGCGGUGCCAGCAAUUUUUAGUUUUGAUCUGUUGUUCAAAAGUUAGAUUACAUAGUGGAAUGUCAACUAUCCAAUCGUAUGUAGAGUAUUUCAUUUCACUUUAGGUAAAUGUACCUAAACGUACAAUAGGGUAAUGCAGUUAUUUUCUUUUCAGUAUUCAGCUUUCUCUUUAAUUUUGUCUCAAUAUGUGACAUAGUUCCUUCUCUGGGGAUGCCUAUUGUGGCAAGGACACUUGUAAUAAACUCGAAAUUGUUAAAUAAUUACGGGAACACUCAAGACAUGUAUUUAUCUAUAAUUCUUAUGUAUGUGUUAAUUCCAAUAAUGACUUAGUCCAAGAGCCAUAAAACCUGGAAGACAUUCUACAAAUGAUGGUAAUGGCUGAACUUGAACUUAAUAAAAACGAUAUAUCUAGACCUAAAUGCAAUAGAGACAAUAAACACUUUUGGACAAGUGUUACAUAUAAUUAUGUGUGAUUCUUGUUUGUCCUAUAUCCUAGAGGUAAAAUGCUGUUUUAGAGAACUUUUAAGUCAUAAUUAACUUUCAGCUGGUCAGUUUCACAACUAGAGUUGUAUAUUUCAGUGUUUUUUCAGCUGUGUUCUGAUAAAUUCCUCACUUGUAAUGCACUACAUUCAUAUAACUACAAAUUUAACCUUUUUAAGGAUGGGUUCCUUGUUUAAAGCCAUUAAGAUAUAUAAAUCUUGAGAUGGGCAUGGUGCAACAUCCACAUAAAUCAUUGUAUAAUACACUGUACAUGAUGUUUUGGCCAAUUUUUAAAUAUGAAGGAUCUUUGUACAGUCAAGCUUUGUUAUCUUAAACUCUGAUAACUUGAAUUCAGUUCCACCUGUAAAUUAUUUUAUAUAAAUUAUGCCUGGUUACCUCUUACGGUGAAAUACUCAUCUUAAAGUGUUUUCAUGGCCCAGAGUUUGAGAGGUUGGACUGUAUUUAUUCAUGUGACGAAUUAACUUUUGAAGCGAACUUGGUAUCCUCCUGUGAAUGUUUUAUUUAGUUGUUAAUGGAGUAGGAAAUUACAACCGUCACACUUCGACAUUAUCCUGGGCUGUUCUCUCGUGGUAUCAUGGUUAGUAAAUAUUUCAUGUUACGUAUUCACAAAAUCCGUAUCAGAAAGGAGAACGCAACUACUAAAUUUAUUUUUAGCUCACAAAGUACCAGUGAAUUAUACUCUGGUGAAGUAUCCAGCAUUAAUCUGCCUGUCCAUUAAUUUUCAACUUCAAUAAAACUUAAAUUAACUGGGUACUGUAUUUUGGCCAGGAUGUACCUUUGGUGGAGUUCAAUAAAUUGUCCUCAUAUGUACACUAUAAGUAAACAUAAUUAUACAUGCAUGGAUUAGUAAUAUCACCAGUGAUGCUUGUAUUAUCAUAUUUAUUUAUUACAAUGUAAUUUAAUUUAUUCAAAUUAAAAGAACUCUUCAAGUACAUGGCCUUAAUGCUACAUGGAUGAAAUGCAUUACAAAACUUAAAUAACUUACUCUAAAUAACACUUGGUUUUUCAAAUUCAGCAUCCUUGAUUUGAUACCAUUGCAUUUUUCAAUUAAUUUUCGAUAAUAAUCUGGCACAUCGCCAUAUAUGGUUAGGUAUAUGAUUUUGAAAGUUAAACACAUUGAAGGAAUCCAUCGAUUAUCAACCAUUAUAUGACAGAAAAUGCUUUUCUAGACAUAAUCCUGAAAGCUAAGCAGUAAUUUAGGAACUGACAUCGUCACGACUUGUUGAUGUACCAAAGAUCACCUGUCCAGAAUUGUGUUGUUAGCAUUGUGGUCUGUUAGUUCAUGAAGUGCUAAAAAUUGUUCAUAUAUGUGACCUUGACCUACAAUCAAUGUCACAGUGGUAAAAAAAUGUCAAGGAAAUAAAUCUACAUUCUCCAAUGAAAAUAUGAUGUUGUAGAGUCAUAAUAUUUCAGUAUGUUGUGCGGAUCGGAAUUGCAAAUAUUUAAAAUCAUAUUGUGUAGAGGUCAUUAGUCAAUUGUUUUCAAAAGAUGAUGUAUAAUGUCCAGGGGCAUCAUACUGACAUAUGCUCUGUAGAUCACCAAUAUUUCCUAAUAUAUACUGUUUUAAUUCAAUGCUGGUCCAGGUCAAAGGUUAACAUGUGUACAGGGUGAGAUGCGAGAUAGACCCAAUCCAGCUACAAGCCUUUGAGUCUAACCUUACCGUCAUACCAUGCACAUGAUAUGGGUCUUACCAAAUUUGCUAUGAAAUUUCAUUAUAUGGUAUAUAAACUGUCGUCCCGCUGGAUGCCAAGUCCCACAUAGAAAACUAUGUACAAUAUUCAUUUUCCAUGGUUGUUUAAGUAUCCGAUUGACUGUCUUGGAAUUUUAUGGAAACUCGUCUCUUUCAGUCAAUCUUAAUACUGGGUUAUGUAAUGAAAGUGGACUGUUAUUCAAUAUAUUCAGCAAUGAAUGUUUAGAUUAUACAAGUUCUGGACCACCCUCCAUACUCAAGGGGUUACAAUCACAACCCAAAAGAGAACAUUGUGAUCGUAACCCCUGUAGUAUUACGAUCACAACCCAACAUCAUUGUGAUCAUAACCCCUGGAGUACGAUCACAACCCUACAUCAUUGGGAUCAUAACCCCUGGAGUACGAUCACAACCCUACAUCAUUGUGAUUGUAACCCCUGGAGUAUUACGAUCACAACCCUAACAUCAUUGUGAUCAUAACCCCUGGAGUACGUUCACAACCCUACAUCAUUGUGAUUAUAGCCCCUGGAGUAUAGAGGAUGGCCGUAGACAAACCUAUAGCUUAAAUUUCUUCUAAUUUGUACAAAAUAACCAGUGGCACCUUCAUUAAAGACUCUUAUAUUGGUCACAUAUGGCUUAGUUAUUGUACAGUUUUCUAAAUAUGACCUGCACAAAGUGAGAGUGUGUGAGUGUAUGUAGUAACUAGAUUUUGGAUGUUGAAUGAGGUAAAAAGUAUCUCAAUACUGUAUUAACAUUAAUUAAAUCUGCAGAAAAAUACAUUACUCGCAGAUGGUCUCUGAGAGACAAACUUUUAUUUUCAAAUUACACUUUUUUUUGUCUGAAUGUGCUUAGUGUUGUACAACUCUUUUACAAAGCAGUGCAAGUUAAAAACCUAAUUCUGGUUCAUUUUCUUCUUAAACAGAUUCCAGAUUUUAAACAUUUUUUAUUUUUUUAUUAUAAAAAAUGAUUCGGAAAAUUAUCAUUUUCUUUCUUGAAAAGUGAAAAGAAAAUCUUGUACAAUCUAAAUGUAAGUACGGCCUGGGUACGUGAUUUUGUUAGUGACAGUUAUCUACUUUGUGUGUAGGACAACUGAGGCCGUUUUCUUCUUGUCUUAAGAAUUAGAAUUUGUACAUAUCAGAUAAACAAUGAAUUUAGGUUAUCCUAUGAGAAUACAGAUGCUACACUGAUGACGGUGUAUACAUCAGUUCUCACAAAAAAUGCAUAAAAGACAUCCACAAAUGAAAAAAAAGUAAAACGAUCUCUUACAAGACCGAAAGAUGAAAAACAUAGAGGUAGGGCAUAACUGAAUUUCUUCAGGAUCUACUGUUAUUGUUAACUGUACCUACUUUAGCUCAGAAUUUUGAAGGGUGGUCAUAGCAUAAAAUAUGUAACUUUUGGUAUUGUGUGAACCAGAGUAUUCUUGUUUUAAAUCGAUGUGAUUUCUCUUAUAAAGUCUCCUAUUGUGGACAAGAGGGAUAAGGAACCUUUAACACCUGUCAAAUUGGAGAAAAUUCUGAUAAUGCAUUGUUUGGGAAGUUUCACAACAUAUUUGAUAAUACUUGAAUUAUUUUUACCUCACAUGGCACAAAGUGCCAGUGAGCUAAUGGAAUGGUGCAGACAGAAGUGGUCAUCCAGCGUCCAUCUGUCUGCCCGUCAACUUGUAACUUCUAUAUAAGUACCUGGCUACUGAGAUUUGGCCAGUAGGUACAUUUUUUGUACCUGUGUUAGAAUACAUUAAAAUUUCCUCAAAUGAAUGACCUUUAACUAUUCUCAAGGUCAAAGGGAUCAAAUAUGUUGGAAACUCCAAGAAUCUUUUUAAGUUCCAGAUGACCCAAAUGCCUGAUAAUUUGCCAGCAGGAUGAAGUGCUAUAAGCUGUACUCAUGUAGAUGACCUUGACCUGUUUUCCAGGUCUACCGGGUCAAAUAUUGUUAACAAUUCCAGAAUCUUCUCAAGUUCCUUGUAUGUAUAUGCUUGAGAAGGUAGUCGAAUGUUAUCAAUAGGUCACUGUAACCAACCCUCAGGGGCCGUGAUGUAGAGCCCAAAGUACCGGGAGUCAAAUUUGCUGUUUCUUUAAUUUCCUUGUUUAGACUCAGAGAUGCUAGAUCAAGUCAAAUUCUCUUUAAUCUCAACUCUUUUGUUGGUUUUUGACACAAUUAUUAUAUUAUUGUUGGUCAUGUUUUCAAAACAAAAGACCAAUUGUAACUAUUUAUACGAGGACUCUGGUGACCAUUAAGGCUCUUGGGCAUCUCAAUUUCCUCUGUGGUGAAAUAAGACAGUUUGUUGUAUAACGAAUAUUUCUGAAAAUAUUUUGGGAACUGAACCAAAAAUUGAAUUACUGGUAUAAGAAGUAUCUCUGAGAGAAGCCAGUAAAUGAAGUGGCUGUCACUUACCUCAGAACAGGUAUUUAUACUUACCACAAUCUUAUAUGUUUUUCUCUUUGUAGCUUUUAUCUUUCUGAGAGAGAUAUCGGUCAUGUACCUGCAGGACUGGCGUGGGUAGUAAUUGUAGUCGUCUGUGCGAGAAUGGUUGUUAGCUCACUGGAGUUUUGUGCUAAGUGAUAUUUUCAGGAAUUGUAUACAUAUGAAAACUAUUGAUCAGAAAUAAAAAAAAUAUUUGAAAUGCA